AUGGAUACCAUCUUAGUCUUCAUCCUAAUGAUUGCAUCCUAUGAUUCCAACAAGAACGGCCUCAGAAAGAGCAGCUGCCAAGUGGAACAGCUGCCCAGCUUCUUCCCAGAGGAUGUGAGGAGCAGCAAGGACUUGGUAAUACGAGUUCCUCUAGAAACUCACACAGAUAUCGAAGGGAGCCCAUUCAUCCGAAAUCAGACUAUAACUACACUGCAGUGCCUUGGCUCUGGGAGGAGAGUGACAGCCCACCUUGUAUAUUCAGAGAGAAUGCCAAAGGUCAAGUACAUUCUGAAGAACCCGCUGGCCAUUACUGAUCUUCCUAGAAACAGCACUGCUUCCCCCAGCUGUGACCUCAGGCCCACCUCCCAGUUUCAGAAUGGAUCCCUUCUAACAGCUUUUUUACCAGGGAUCUCGCAAUGCACGGUCUACCCAGCGAAGGACAGAUCUGCUUCAUCAGCGAUGGUGCCCAUCACUACCUCCUCCACCUCUCCUAGAAGUAAAGGAGAGGAAACCACAAGCACUGGGGCCUUCCCCGUCCCUUUAACACAAGACACAGGCAUGUCCUUAAAGAUGAGGCAGAAAUGGAGUCUUAUAGUCAAAGCUCUGAUUGCCGCUACUCUGCUGCUCAGUGGGGCUGCUAUCAUAGUGUUUGUCAUCUUUGAAGUCCCGUGCCCGAGUCAAUGCCUACGGGCCAGUCGGCUGUGCCAAUGCCAAUGGUUACGGAGAAGGGAAAGGAAGGAAGAAGACCAGCAGCCCGGGACAACUGAGUCCCAGUUGGACUCUCAGCCCGAGAAGGUUAGACACGGUGUACCUAACUCUUCAGACUCCGAGAGAACGACAAGCAUCACGGUAAUCCACCAGACGUACUUCUGA